CAGAAAAACAAAAAAAGAAGACUAUUAAUAAAGAGAAAGAUGAGGUAGCAGAUAAGAAGAGUGAAAAAGCUAUUGGGAAGAAUAUAAUCAAUAGUGAGGAGAAUGAGGUAGCAGAAGUGGAGGGUGAGACAGCAGAAGUAGAAAAUGAGUUCGAUAAAGAGGAGAGUGUGAUUGAAAGUAAAAAGAGUGAGGUUACAGAUGAAGAUGAUGAAAAAAAAAGUGAAGCUGAAAAUGUGUGGAAUGAUAGCAAGAAUGAAUGGUAUGAAAAAGAAGAAGAUAUCGAUUUGGGAGAUAUAGUACAACUUCGAUUUGGAAGAUGGUUCCAUAAAUAA